GUGGUAUGGCGGCCGACAUGAAUGCAAGACGGGACAAGCACAGCACAAUCGCCUUCACGUUGCCGAUUUCUUGUCAAGUUUGCCUUGGAAAGGUCAAACAGCCGGUGUUGUGUCCAAACGACCAUGUGUUCUGUUCUCUGUGCAUGGACACAUGGUUACAGAGGAACCAGCAGUGUCCAGCCUGUCGCGUGACCAUCAACCCCGCUAAUCCUGUCCGACAAAUUCUGGGAGGACUGAACGAAGCCAUGGAUGACAAGGAAAGACUAUCCAACCCAAAGCUACGCAAGGCUAGAUUUGAUAUACUCUACAGAGAAUAUGAGGAAGAAUUUGAAAGGUUGACUGCUGAAAACAACUUGAUUAAAACAGAAAACAAUGUGCUAAAACAGCAACUUCAGAAGAAGGGUCCUGAUGGUAAAUUUUCCUCUAAAGACAUUGGAGUGCCAAAGACUGCCGAUACCAAUGGGUUGUUGCUUCUUACCAAAAAAUUACAGGAUGCACAGAAGCUGUAUGAAAAAGUGAAGAAUGAACUUGCUAGAACUAAAGAGGAAAACAACGCUUUGAAGGAUGAAAAUGUGAACAUUAACCAUGAAAACCAGAAAUUAAGAGGAGAAAUUGCCAACCGGUCUCCUCACAGGUAUGGGAGGUACACUGUAUCAACAUUGGAGGCCAAGAUACAGACCUAUGAGAAAGAGGUGGGCCAACUGAACAAGGCUUUGGAGAAAAGUGAUAAAUACAUAGAGGAGAUGCAGACAGAACUUAGUGAGCUACACACUAAAGAGAAGGCCAAGUCAGGCUUGGUAUCUAGUAGUAGCCAGCCAGCCAGGACGUCCUACACACGAUUCCUACCCCCUGAUCCACCACUGACCUCUGGCUAUGGUGUGGACGGAAGCCACAAGCGUCAGCUGUUUGGUGACGAAGGUAGUGAAAAAAAGUCAAAACAAGAUGACAAAGGCUAUCUCAAUGGUGAGUCUCAUAAAUACACUCAAUAUGAUGACAAGACAUUGCAUGAUCGGUACAAGUCUUAUGACACAAAGGCUAGCAUGAAACCUACAGCUUCUAAGAAUGGUUCCAAAUCAAAACGUGUCACAUUUGAUCUUCCGAGGGAUAAAAGUGAAACAAUGUCGUUUGAUCUUGAAAUGCCUAGUCCAAUGACGUCCAAACUCUCGCUCACAAACGGGUCAUCCGACUCUCCUAUCAAAGGUGUACUGAAAAACAGUAAAAAGUCUAGUGCUGCGGAAAUGAGUGAUAGUUUUAGUCUGUCAAAGCCAAGUUCUUUAGAUGAUUCUCUUUUCGACACACGAAAAAAGCCAUCAACACAACACUACAGCAAAGAUGAUGAUGAUUUGUUCCGUCCAAGGUCAACAAGAAGUGAACUGAAUGACAGUUUUAGUCUUGACCAUCCAGGGCGAGGCUCUCAUAGACAUGACCAUGAGCUAGAUGACACCCAGUUGAUCCAGUCGGAGUUAGAUGAGCUGGAUAUCUCCCUCACUCCAGACUUCACCGACUGUAUGAAGCUGCUGAACAGGGCAGAGAAAAAGGUGAACAGUCAUGGUGAGGAAGAGGAGGAGGAGGACAUGGACAGUGAACCUGUGGAUGUGUACAGGUCUAAAAAAGACUAUCUAGGGAACUACAGGUCAAAAGUGGGUCCUCUAGAUCACAAAGAUGACCUUAAAUCAUAUUCUAAACCAGAUCCUGUCACGCAAGAUUAUAAAGUCAGGGAUGACUUUAAGUCAUACUCAGAAGGAUCUAGUACAAGGACUGAGACAGCUUACUCAUCCAAAUACUACAACCCUCGCUUGGAGGAAGACUUCAAAACAAGUGCUACAAGUAAGUCUAGCUAUGGUGGGACACUGGGUGAUGCAGAUUCACUAGGCAGCAAGUACAGAACUUCACAAAGUGAUACAGACACUUACAGUAACAAAUACCGUACAACAUUGUCUAGUGGCUAUAAGUCAGAAUUGUCUAGCAAAGCUGAGAGUGAACAAUAUUCCGCACCAACAACAAGCACUUCCUCUGGUGACAGGUAUUCGGACAAUUACAAUGCUGGUGGCGAUGACAUCAGUAGGUACAGAAGAUCUGCUGAUCUUGAUCUACUACCUCCACGAACAACAGCAGCAAGUCUUUCCUCCUCCACCAAGCCUAGUAGUGUGUACAGCUCAACUGGUUCUUCCCUCCAAAAAAAGCCAUCCUUGUCUGGGAAACCUCUCGGCCAAAGUGGUUUUGGGAGGAGUCCUUCUGUUGACAACCUCUUUAUGUCACCAAAGUCUUCUCAAAACACAGGUAGUCGCUACGCCACCGCAGAAGAUAUACCAUCCUUUAAGUCAUCACGUCUCAGUCUUCCAAGUUAUUCAUCCAACUCUAGCAGCAAGCCAACUUUCAGCAAGUUUUCGACUGGAUCAUACGAGCCAGGCAGACAAGGUAGGGCUCCCGUUGGUUCUAUGUCUGAAACUAACCAGGACUACUCAAAGGCCUCCCUCCCUCCGCGGCCAUCCAGAGCAAGGCCCUACUCAGACUAUGAGACCACAGGUGGUGCUUACACUAGGGGUUCCAGUAAUCUGGGUAAGGGUGGCAUGUAUGACACUGUGGCUACCUCCAGCACCAACCAUGUAACCGACCCACCCAUUGACAUAGUUGAUGACAUUGUUUUGCCACCUUAUGUAGCGUCCUCUGUGUCACAGCCAGCACUUGUGUCCAGUGUGUCGUCUUUGUACACGUCUCAGCCUAAUUCUGUGUCACAGUCUCAUGUAUAUGCUUCUAUUGGGGAUCAGGGUGUGUCCGGUGUAGAUGGAGGUGGGGACGCUUAUAACAAAGCUCAAACUAAUGCUUAUAACAGUGCUUCAAUAUCCUCUGGUAGAGAUAGACCAAGCUUUUCAUAUACAGACAUAGAUUUAGGUGUGAACCCCAGGAGUAGGGGUGAUUAUAAACCCGUCAUCAGGACGCGGUCAGCUAGUUUGGAUGUACCUGUGUCAAAGAUAUUAGCCCAGGGCAGUAGUAGCGCCCGUACUCAUGCUGUAAGUAGUAGUAAUGAUUUUGCUGUGACUGGGAGUGGUGUUAAAUAUUCCUCUGAAUAUAUGCCUGUAGACAAAUCUGAUGUUUCUGCUCUUCCUUUUGCAGGUACAUCUGCCAGAUCUUCGCUAGAGAGUGCUUAUCCCUCAUCAUCACGAUUCGACCCGGCCCCCUCAUCCUCGCGCUAUAGUUCUGCGCCAUUAUCUUCAUCCACAUCCACAACCUCCUACCUCCCAACCACCGUGACCUCCAUCAGUGCUAGUACCACCUACUCCGUAGCACAUCCUCCCUCUAGCUCCACCUACCCUGUCGCCUCCCUCACUUCCAACUACCCUUCCUCCUCUGCCCCACCCCCUCCAUCCUCGUACACCAGCAAACCACUGGACUUUGAAACAGCUACAAAGGGAGGUUACAGUUACCACUCUAACAACUCUACCUUGGGCGAGUUCUCAAAGUCCGACUCCUAUCUACCCGAGCCCAAGAAAAGACUGUUUGAGUCAAGUGACGAUUUUGAUGUAUCUUUAAGUCCCAUCAAGUCUACAAGAAAAAUGUGAUUGUGCCACAUUCAUGAGGAUUUGACACAAAUGUAUAUAAUGUAUAUUUGUUAAUUUAUAUAAUUUAUAAGCCAUUGUGAUAUAUGCUGGCCAUGUUACUCAUAAACAUUUGACAAUUAAACAUGAAAGCCAGCAGUUUUUGUACAGCAGAGAGAAAUAGCAACUUCACUGCAGGAAGAAAUGAACAACAAUGAUUGUUGUGUUGGUAGUUUAUAGAACAAUGUUGUUUUCUCCAUUUUGUAGAACUUUUGUAUAGAUGGUAACAGAUAUGAGAAAUCAUGAGUCCCUCCAUAAUUUGAAAUCAUAAUUUAUGAGUUUUAUAAAACCAAAUGUCUGAUAACAGACUAUCUAUACUAUGUAUAUGGUUUCAUUUUAAUCUACAUUUAUUUAUGUUUUUAUGAUAUUUGUUUGAACCAUCCUGACAUUUAACUUGCAAGUGAAAAUAACCUGCUUCACAUGUCAGAAUUGCUCAUUUUCAGCUACCUUAAAUACAUAUACGUCAGAAUCUACCUGUAACCCCUCACACACAGCAUUACUGACAUGUUUACGGGAUGCCAAAGACACCAGUUAUCUACAAAUGUCUAGUAAUCAAAAGUCAUUUUAUUAUCAUCAUACAUGUGCUUUACACUUUCAGAUUUAAUUGUUUAAAUGUCCAUUCAUUUUUCCUACUGUCAUCCACUAUGAUUUUUUUGUGAUGAAAUAAUUUCUAUAUAAAUUCAUGCUAAUUAAUUAAACGUUGAAAGACUUGUUCAUGUUAUUGAAAUUACACUGAAGUGAAUUGAUGAUAAUACAGUGAAGAUGAUAAUAAUUAUACAAACACUGGUGUACUUAUGCAUCCUGAUAAACAAUUUGUAUGUGUUAACCAGAUUAUUAUUUAAUGCCAUGAUCUGAUUCCACAAAUGUUAUAUAUAUGUUGAGCAGAAUUAGGCAGCUAGAAUCAUGCAUCUUAGUGAUAAUUUAAUGUCAUUAUUUAUAAAAAUGUCACCUGUAUACUCUCUAUUACUAUAGGACAAGGUACCAUGUAUUGUAGGCCAGUCUCGUUGCCACGAGGUCAAGUUUCUUUAAUGUAAAAUAUCAUACAUAUCUGUGAUUUAAAGUCAGCUGUCUGGUUUAUUUUUAAACAAGAUGAAAGUAAAUCACAAUGAUCUCACUACACUAUAAAGUUUGUCUCUGUGAGAAAUAUCCUUGCUUUUAUGUUAAUUUAUGCCAGAUUAGAAUCUCAAAAACUUUUAACUAGAUUUAGAAGUAGAGCGAAACUACAUCGUUGAGUUGGUAUGGUUGACUUUUUAUACCUUUUUGAUUUUAACAGUAUUUAAAAGUAAAUGUAGUUAAAUACAUGUUAUGUACUAAAUGGAAAAAUAAUCAUGAUAAUUUAACAGAAAGGACUACAAGAUGUAAUCACAUGAAUGAACACUAUGUGGAUAUAUGGUCUGGCAGAUUUCAAAGGUUACUGUAUAUUGAUGAAUAAGAGGAUUUAGGGAUCUAGUGGUGUUCAGUAGCACUCACAUUAUAGAUCAAAAUUUAAAAGUGGAUCAUGUGCUUUCGGGGAGAAGGUCAUAAAGCUAGCUUUUUUUUAUCCAGUAUCCCAAGUCCUGAGGUCGAUUGUUAACCAAAAAUUAUAUUAUUUAUCUUCAAUUUCUCAUUCUUGAAAUUUCAUUUUUGUUUACAUAUCUAUAUCGUAUUUAAUUGUUUAGAUUUGUUUGUUGAUUUAUGUAAUGUCAACGCCUGAGUGUUUUAGUUUUUCUGUUGUGAUAGUGUAACGAUACACUUAUUUUUCAAGUGUUAAAAAAACCAGUUGUAGAUACACUGUAAAAAAGGAGAUGCAUGGAAUUUCAGCAGAUGACAUUUUCAGUACUUAUUCAAUGCAUACUUGCCUCAAUCAGUGUCUUAGAUUAGCCAUACUCUCCUGUAGGUUUUUCAGUCAUUAACUGUUCUGCAAAUGCAUUCCUCCGUGUGCUAGCUUUGCAGCAGGUCUUUGUCAGUUAUUUUGAUUUUUCUAUCGCUGUAAAGUAGUGGACCUUUUGCUGUCAGGAAACAAGUCAUUAUGCGUUUGGUUUUCAUCGAUAAUUAGUUGUACGAUUAAAAGUCAUUAUGUACAGUGAACUGAAGUGUUUUAAACACAAGCUAUAAAUAACUCAUUUUGUGCAUGAAUAAACAACAUCAUUAGGGUAUUUACCCAGAAAUUAAGUAAGUAUAUACUUAAAUAUUUUGACAUACAAAUGCAAAUAUGAGUUGCGACUUUUCAAAAUCUUUGUCUAAUACAGAAUUAAUCAGCGCAAUGAUUUUAGCACAAGAAUACCACAUUUACGCAUAACAAACAUCAAAGAUGAUCUAUUUUUUAGUUCUCUUUUUAACAAUUUUAAAUGACAUUACAAAGAAUAGGAUUGUCUUUAGAGGAAGACAGAAGAUGACUUAUUAGCCAAAAUGCGGGGCCUCAUUUUAAAAGAUAGAACUCUAUUCAUGUAUAAGUAUGUGUUUUUAUCAUUUUCCCAUGAUAAUUUCAAACUACCUUCUUCAUUUUCAAAACAGAUUUUUUGAGUGUAGAGUUGGACCGCCAGCUUCCAGGCUCACAGAACUGCUGCACUUGAAGAUGUUGUCAAAAUCAUAGUUAUUUUAGUGGUUAUAUCCAGUAUUUCUUCAAACAGAAUUUGAUGUCAUAAAAUAUUUAUGUUGUAAAGGAAAAUCAAGUCUUCACACUUGAAAUUGUAUGAAUUGCAGAUAGGAAAUAUGAAAUUGAAGAAUAAUUUCGUUAAAUUCCUCAGAGUUAGGUGAUACCGGGGUAUACUUUAUAACUAUUACAUGCUUUUGAGUCGUGCAUAGUGAGGAGCAGGUGUUCUGCUCAUUGAUGAAAGGAACUAUUCUACAAAUUUAUACAGUUUAAACAUUCAUUUCCAGCUGGGGGUCUUGUAUUUUUGCAUAUAGCAGCAUUUUAUAUACUAAGCAUCAACCAGAUUUUUGUUGAUACACAUGUCAUAUUUUACUCCCAGCAUUAAAAAGGCCAUUCCGGUUCUCUACAUAUUGGUGCAUGACAUGGCUGAUUUAAUCUUUUUAAAUGUCACAGAAAACAAUGAUGGGAUCACACAUGUCUCUCAUCCCCUGUCACCGGUCUGUUGUUUUUAUAAUGAUACACGUUUAUGUUAGUCCACACGUGUAUUUUUCUAGUAAUCACUGACUGAUAUCGGUAUAUAUGUAUAUCAGUAGGAUUGACCGUCAGUUUGUACUAGUUUUAAUGUUCAUCAUGCACAACCCACUUGCCACAUGUCUGUGAAGCUUGCGUGCCCUCACUGGUAAGUCCUAUCCUUCACCUCACGCUUUAGCUGUUUAUAUCACGUUUGUUUAGACAUUGUAUCCGCAUGUAUCUCAUUGAAUUGGUGCUUAAGUUAUAACCUUCGAUUACUUUGUACUAUAUUAUAGUUUACAAAAAUCAGUAUUUAUACAAAAUGUCAUGCAGAACCAAACAAAAUGAUAUUUUUAACCCUUUUUACAAUAGUUAAAUGUCUAACCAAAUGUUUUCGUUCUUUUCAAAUGCAUCUUAAUCGUUUAAGACCGAUUUUUUUUUUCUCUAAAAAUGCAAUUGUCACCAUGAUAACAGUCGUCUGUGUCCUUAUUAUUUUUUCUUAUUUCUUGGAACAAUUUUCAUCAAGUUUCAUAAUUAUUGAAAUAAGAAUAUGUUUUAUGCUUACCGGUAACCAAAAAUCUGAAACAGUGUUUAAGAUCAUACAGGUUUAAUAUACAAACUGGUAAAAAAACGGUUAUGUAUGUCAGCAGCUAACAUUUUUAUCGUCAUUAUUUUCAGUAUAAACACUCGCUACUAUGAGACCAACCUUGUUCACUACAUACCAUCAGACGUUCCUCCAUGUUUUUUUGUAGGACGAUAAUUAAGCAGACAUACAAAAUUGUCAUUGAAAAUAAUUUGGAGUAAUAAAGAACACACCAAACCAGUUCCAAGUUGAUUUUUUCCACAUUCUCCUCGAGUUAAAAGAAAGGCAACGUUCAUACACAUUUUGAUAUUAUUUAGAAAUGGUUUUACAUUGGGUCAUUAGAACAGCUGUUUGGAUUCUAUGUGCUUAAUGACUUGUCAGCAGUGUUCGUUGUUGACCUUUUGUUUUGUAUUGAACCAUGUUUGUGUGAAUGUAAUACCACUGUAUAGCCAUUGACAGUAUUAUCAUCAAGUUAUCGUUCCUAUUCAGAAACCACAGUCAAGGUCUACGGUUGUACCAACUACGGUAGUUCACCAACAUUCGCUUACCAACUAUCGCUAUUAUUUACUAUGUAAAUAUGACUUUUUCUUACGUCAUAAAAUGAUAAUGAAAUGACGCGAUAUAAUUCUGAGUGGGACAAUAUACAAAUAAAGCAAAGAUAACGGGAUUUUAGACUUUUAAAACGGACAUUGAAAAGCAUGAUUGUAAAAAUUCUAUAAUAAUAAGUUAAUAAAUUUGUUUCCGUUACAGAUGCGUAUUAAUGAAUCUCCUCUCGAUAUUUUUUUUUUUUCAAUUUGCCGGAGUCUAGCUAAAUUGAAAAUUCUUGCAUAAUUUUGAUAAAUCUCCUAUGAAAUGGAAACUUGUGUAAGAUCAUAUGCUAUGACAUUCCAGAUUUCAUCGUUUAUCAAUUUGUGUUUUGAUACAAAACUUUUCAGGGUAAUUACAUACCCUCUGGUUAUGCUAAAUCGAUGUCAAAAGCGACAUGUGGUUCGUGGCGAUAGAUGUAUGUGCGAAAAUCUAAGUUCAUAUUUAAAAAAAAUAAAAAUGAAAAAAAUGAAAAAAAUG